AUGGAUGCAGUAUAUGUGGGAGAGCCUUUUCCAGAAAGUCCCAACUCACUGAACAUCAGAAAACUCAUAUACAAGAGAAACGAUAUGAAUGCACUGAAUGUGAUAAAACAUUCUGCUGUAAAUCACAGUUCAUUGCACAUCAGAAAAUUCUUACAGGAGAGAAAUCCUAUGUAUGCAGUGACUGUGGAAAGGGCUUCACUAAGAAAUCUCAGCUUAUUAAUCACCAGCGAGUUUAUACAGGGGAAAAACCUCAUGGAUGCAGUCUGUGAGAAAGCAUUCUCCAGAAAAUCCAGGCUUAUUGAACAUCAGAGAACUCAUACAGGAGAAAAACCAUAUGAAUGUGCUGACUGUGAUAAGGCAUUCCACUGGAAAUCACAGCUCAAUGCACAUCUGAAAACUCAUACAGGAGAGAAAUCAUAUAUAUGCAGUGACUGUGGAAAAGGCUUCAUUCAGAAAGGCAAUCUUACUGUACAUCAGCAAACCCAUAUUGGAGAGAAGCCUUAUACAUGUAACGAGUUUGGAAGAGGCUUCAUCCAGAAGGGCAAUCUCUGUAUACAUCAGCGUAUUCAUACUGGAGAAAAACCUUACAUAUGUAAUGUAUGUGGUAAAGGUUUCAGCCAGAAGACAUGCUUGAUAUCAGAUCAAAGAUUUCACACAGGGAAGACUCCUUGUGUAUGUCAUGAGUGUGGAAAAUCCUGUUUACACAAAUCAGGUCUCAUUAACCAUCAGAGAAUUCACACAGGAGAGAAGCCCUAUAGAUGCGGUGACUGUAGGAAAGCUUUCAGGAAUAAGUCAUGCCUCAAUAGACAUCGGAGAACUCACACAGGAGAGAGACCCUAUGGGUGCUCUGAUUGUGGGAAAGCCUUCUCCCACUUGUCAUGCCUUGUUUAUCACAAAGGAAUGCUGCAUGCAAGAGAGAAAUGUGUUGAUUUAGUGAAGUUGAAAAAUACUUUCUCAAGUAGUCACAGCUUAUCCCAUAUAAGUGAUCUCCUACAGGAGAAAAAUACUAUCAGCGCAGUGACUGCAAAAGCCUUCUGAGGCUUCAUUAAACCACAGUGAUUUUCAAGCAAAUAGGAAUAGAGCCAUUGCGAGACAGAGAUGCUAGGUGUUCAGCCUCACCAGAGAAUAUAAUUUGCACUGAAGGGAAAACAUGAACGCAGUGAAUGUAAUCAUGCUGUUAGUGAUUAGUUAUAUGUCAUAAAAAACACAAAGGAAUAAACCAUGAUACACUUGAGGUAAAAGACCCUUGAGUAAAAACCUAGCUCACUUUGUUCAGUAAGUGUAUGUUGAGAAAAAUAAGAAUACAGACACCAGGAAAGUCUUUUAUGGGAAGAUACACCCUGUCAUCAAUGAUGAUACAUCACAAAAAUGAGCUUAUGUUUGGUAGAAAUACAUUGAACAUGGAAAAGUCCUUGUGCAGAAAUAAG